AUGUCUUCUCACAAGACUUUCAGGAUCAAGAGAUUCUUGGCCAAGAAACAGAAGCAGAGUCUGCCCAUUCCCCAAUGGAUUCAGAUGAAAACUGGUAAUAAAAUUAGGUACAACUCCAAGAAAAGACAUUGGAGAAGAACGAAGCUGGGUGUUCUGACUACCACCAGGGGUGAAUGGUUCUUUUAA